AUGACUGCUCGAUCUCAGCGAAAAGCAACCAGCAUUUGUUCAUCCCAACUCCAGGCAGCGUGUUGCAGACCGUGUUUGACCAUUGCAACCCACCCUUCGUGUCUGUCAGCUCUACUAGAGACUAACUUGGUCAGUUGAUUGUUUGUUGCCAGGUCCAAUGCAUGCAAGAGGCUUUCUUUGAUUACAGUUGAUUCAUCAUUCUAAUAAAAAAACACUUCGCAUCGUGGAACCAUGAAGUCAAAGAACAAAAGCAAAAUACGCCUCCUAUGGUUCCUGUCGACCUUACUGUAUCAACAGUGUUCCGUGGCAGUUGGGGCUAGUCUUCGGGGAGGUGGAAGUGGGCUGUGGCGGUCUGCCUUGAUUGAUGGAUCAAGUUUCGCCAGUGGUGCUGAAAGUAAUGAGCUCAAACAUCUUAGCAUCGACAUUGGCCAUGAUGAGCAUCAGCGCGAACAACAGGAAGGUCUGAUGUGCCCAUUUGAUGGGGUAUCCAGUGCUGCUGCAUCUAUCUGUCCCAGUACUGCUAGCAACCGAACAACUCCCGUCUGCGAAUUUCACGCCGAUACAGGUGAUUACAAGACAGUGUGUUUGAAGACCCAUGCUGUUGCACAGCACUCGGCCUUGCUGCCGCACGCCCAUGCCAAAUCCUACUGUGGUGUCUGCAAAAAGUGCUUCCAGGACAGAACUGAGCUCAUGAGAGCCAUUGACAAGUACAAGUCAUACAAACAGGUCAACUUAGAACUUGCUGACAUCUAUGGAUGGCCCAUUGGCAAGUGGUGUACCGACAAUGUCACGUCAUUCUCCAGUCUGUUCUUUGGAAAGGCAAAGUUCAAUGAAGAUAUCAGUCAAUGGCAGACCAGCCAAGUCACGGACAUGACAUCCAUGUUUCAAAAUGCAUACGCCUUCAAUCAACCACUCGAUACAUGGGAUACUUCCAACGUUAAAUCUAUGACCAGAAUGUUUGCCAUGGCCAUUCACUUUGAUCAGGACAUUUCUUCCUGGGAUGUCUCCUCUGUCCACAAGUUUGGAUACAUGUUUUUGCAUGCACUGGAAUUCAAUCAAGACAUUUCGCAAUGGCAAGUACACAAUGCAAGAGACCUCAAUUCCAUGUUCUUUGGAGCAGAAAGCUUUGAAAAGCAUCACUUGCAGGCGUGGAAGAUUAGCGAACAUGCGGAUACGCAAAACAUGUGUCAGUGGGAUGAAUACCACAUCAAGCAAAAGAAAGAUUCAACAAACAACAGCAACAACAUCACUAGUAGGCAGCAAACAGACGAUUCACAAUCACAGCAACAGCAACAGCAAACUCAGCAAUAGUUUUGAUCAGGUGGGGUAUGAUUGCAGUGAUCAUAUCGCUGCGAUGUUGUACUCACGUGCGCACCGGCAAGAAGCCAAAGUGCGAGAGCAGGCUCGUCUAUCUAAGCAACUGUGCAUACCGGUAGGAAACUGCGGACCUGCAAAUGGCUGCGAAUAUGCACUAUGUAUAGCCAAGAAAAGUAGCUAGAAUUAGACCUUAUAGUACUCAAACAAUUCAACUUAAUUUUAAAAAAGAUGCUCACUCUUUCAACGACCAACCAACCAA